AGGCAAAGACGCUGGAUACGAUUGAGCUUUUUCUCGACGUCGGUUGUGUGUGGCUCUCUUUCCUUAUCCCUUAGAAUCAAAUUCCUUCUACCUAAGCAUUCCUCUUGCACUAAUGUGCUAUAUAUUUCAUGGCCUAUCUCUUCAUUCGCUCUCCUCUAUUAGUCCCUAAAGCUCAGCAUUGCAAAGAAAAAUGGCCGAUCAAGAGAUCGGCCGAUCAAAUGACGUCCAGUCCUGGCCACAACUGGAACUACCUGACUUGUCGUACACUGACGCCAUUCAAGAAAUCCACAGAGCGAUACAAAAUGACUGGGAUGCCACCCGUCAAUCAGCGUGUCAGACUGCAGCUGGAAGAGCGUUGUGGAAGCAUGCCGUCCAUGAUCCACUAGCUGAAUUGCUAGCCGGAGAGACAAGCUUGAGGACUGCUCAUGAAAAGAUCAAGAAAGAUCGCCUCAACAAUGCCAGAGAAGUAUCUGGAGUUAUUCUUGCUGUUAGGACCCUCUGGUUUGAUUCAAAAAUUGAAGCAGCUCUCAAUUCCUUUGGUGGUGGAGCAGCGCAGAUUGUCCUCCUUGGUGCAGGUAUGGAUACAAGGGCCUAUCGCUUGAGUUGCUUGAAAGAAAGCAGUAUUUUUGAGGUUGAUUUCCCUGAGGUCCUGCAAACAAAAACCACUAUACUACAAGCAGCAGCAGAUUCAACAACUGAAAAUCAGAAUCCAUUAUUGACAGCAAAAUCAUUAAACAGAGUGCCAGCUGAUAUUAGUGAAAAUGACUGGCUACAAAAGCUUCAGAAAGUGGGAUUUGAACCCAGGAAGAAUACAGUGUGGGUAUUAGAAGGUAUUCUGUACUAUCUAACACACUCUGACGCCGUUGAAGUACUGAAGAUCAUUGCAGAGAAUUGCAAUCUCACGCAAACAGUCCUACUAGCAGACUUCAUGAACAAGCAAUCAACCACGUUGUGCGGCUCUGUCUUCCGUUUCUAUUGUGAUUGGCCGGAACAAUUGCUGCCAUCUCUUGGUUUCUCUGAUGUUAAGCUCUCUCAAAUUGGUGAUCCAGAUGCACACUUCGGCCUGUUGCAUGAUCCAUUAAACUUGUUCAACAAAUUGCGAGCCUUGCCCAGAUCUCUUCAAACUCACCCAGAUGAUGGAACACCAUGCUGUCGGCUAUAUUUGGUCCAAGCCUCUGGCUUACCCAAUUAAACUAUUCAAUGAACCAAGUCCAACUAUUCAAUGAACCAAGUCCAACUAUUAAGAUUUAUACUAGCCUAACUUUCAGUA